AUGGAGAACGCACACGAAAAAGUGUCAGAGGAGGUUCUGUCCAACUUUAACGUCACUGAAGAAAUCGGCCUGUCUCCCGAGCAGGUCAAGAGCAACCGGGACAAGUAUGGCUUCAACGAGCUGCCAGCCGAGGAGGGUAAGACCAUCUGGGAGUUGAUCAGUGAGCAGUUCGAGGACUUGUUGGUCAGAAUCUUGCUGCUGGCCGCCUGCAUCUCUUUUGUGCUGGCUUGGUUCGAAGAAGGUGAGGAGACUGUCACGGCCUUCGUGGAGCCCUUCGUCAUCCUCCUCAUCCUCAUUGCAAAUGCUGUUGUCGGAGUGUGGCAGGAGCGCAACGCAGAGAGUGCCAUCGAGGCUCUGAAGGAGUACGAGCCCGAGAUGGGGAAGGUUUACCGGUCGGAGAGGAAGAGCGUGCAGAGAAUCAAGGCCAGGGAGAUUGUUCCCGGUGACGUGGUGGAGGUUUGCGUUGGUGACAAAGUGCCAGCUGACAUCAGGAUCAUCUCCAUCAAAUCCACGACCCUGCGUGUGGACCAGUCUAUUCUUACUGGUGAGUCUGUCAGUGUGAUCAAACACACUGAUGCCGUGCCAGACCCCCGAGCCGUCAACCAGGACAAGAAGAACAUGCUGUUCUCUGGCACCAAUAUCGCUUCUGGAAGGGCCACUGGUAUCGCCGUGGCAACUGGCGUGUCCACUGAGAUCGGUAAGAUCCGUGACCAGAUGGCCGCCACCGAGCAGGAGAAGACGCCUCUGCAGCAGAAGAUGGACGAGUUCGGCGAGCAGCUCUCUAAGGUCAUCUCCCUCAUCUGUGUGGCCGUGUGGAUAAUCAACAUCGGCCAUUUCAACGACCCCGUCCACGGAGGCUCCUGGUUCCGAGGCGCUAUCUACUAUUUCAAGAUUGCCGUGGCUCUGGCUGUGGCUGCCAUUCCUGAAGGCCUGCCCGCCGUCAUCACCACCUGCCUGGCUCUGGGAACACGCCGCAUGGCAAAGAAGAACGCCAUCGUCAGAAGCCUGCCCUCGGUGGAGACCCUGGGUUGCACCUCCGUCAUCUGCUCCGACAAGACUGGCACGCUCACCACCAACCAGAUGUGUGUAACCAAGAUGUUCAUCAUUGACAAAGUGGAGGGUGACCGCAUUUCCCUCGGCCAGUUCGACAUCUCUGGCUCAAAGUACACACCUGAAGGAGAAGUCACAAAGAACGGUUCGAAUGUGAAGUGUGGGCAGUACGAUGGACUGGUGGAGCUGGCCACCAUCUGCGCUCUGUGCAACGAUUCUUCUCUGGACUACAACGAGUCCAAGGGUAUUUAUGAGAAAGUGGGCGAAGCCACCGAAACAGCCCUGAGCUGCUUGGUUGAGAAGAUGAAUGUGUUCAACACUGAAGUCCGUGGCUUGACCAAGGUGGAGAGGGCCGACGCGUGCUGCCGUGUGAUCAAGCAGCUGAUGAGGAAGGAGUUCACCCUGGAGUUCUCCAGAGACAGGAAGUCCAUGUCAGUCUACUGCUCUCCCGCCAAGUCCGCCAAAUCCCCUGUGGGAAACAAGAUGUUCGUCAAAGGAGCUCCGGAGGGAGUCAUCGAUCGCUGCUCCUACGUCCGAGUGGGCACCACCCGCGUCCCGCUGACUGCGCCGGUCAAAGACAACAUCCUGUCCAUCAUCAAGGAGUGGGGCACGGGGCGGGACACCCUCCGCUGCUUGGCACUUGCCACCUGCGACUCUCCAGUGAGGAAGGAAGACAUGAACCUGGAGGAUGCAACCAAGUUUGCAGACUACGAGACUGAUUUGACCUUCGUGGGCUGCGUGGGAAUGCUCGACCCCCCUCGCAAGGAGGUCAUGGGCUCCAUCGAGCUGUGCAGGGCGGCUGGUAUCCGUGUCAUCAUGAUCACUGGUGACAACAAGGGCACAGCGGUGGCCAUCUGCCGGCGAAUCGGCAUCUUCACUGAGGAUCAGGACGUCACUGGCAAGGCCUUCACCGGCCGGGAGUUUGAUGACCUCACUCUGUCCGAUCAGAAGAAGGCGGUCCGAGAGGCCUGCUGCUUCGCCAGAGUAGAACCGGCCCACAAGUCCAAGAUCGUUGAGUUCCUGCAAAGCUUCGAUGAGAUCACUGCCAUGACCGGCGACGGAGUGAAUGAUGCCCCUGCUUUGAAGAAAGCGGAGAUUGGCAUCGCCAUGGGCUCUGGCACUGCCGUUGCCAAGUCUGCCUCUGAGAUGGUCCUGGCUGACGACAACUUCUCCUCCAUCGUGUCGGCUGUGGAGGAGGGCAGAGCCAUCUACAACAACAUGAAGCAGUUCAUCCGCUACCUCAUCUCCUCCAACGUGGGCGAGGUCGUGUGUAUCUUCUUGACGGCCGCCCUGGGUCUGCCCGAGGCUCUGAUCCCCGUCCAGCUGCUGUGGGUCAACCUGGUGACUGAUGGUCUGCCCGCCACCGCCCUGGGCUUCAACCCCCCCGACCUGGACAUCAUGGGCAAAGCCCCCCGAUCCCCCAAGGAGCCCCUCAUCUCAGGCUGGCUCUUCUUCAGAUAUAUGGCCAUUGGAGGUUACGUCGGAGCUGCGACCGUGGCAGCAGCUGUCUGGUGGUUCCUGUACUGUGACGAAGGCCCAGAGGUCUCCUUCCACCAGCUGUCCCACUUCAUGCAGUGCUGCGAGGACAACGAGGACUUUGAAGGGAUCAGCUGUGAUGUGUUCGAGUCUUCUCCGCCGAUGACCAUGGCUCUGUCCGUGCUGGUCACCAUCGAGAUGUGCAACGCCCUGAACAGCUUGUCUGAGAACCAGUCCCUGGUGCGCAUGCCCCCCUGGAGCAACUGCUGGCUGGUGGGAGCCAUGACCCUCUCCAUGUCCCUUCACUUCAUGAUCAUCUACGUCGACCCCCUGCCCAUGAUCUUCAAGCUCACUCACUUGAACGUGGAGCAGUGGCUGAUGGUGCUGAAGCUCUCCUUCCCGGUCAUCCUCAUCGACGAGCUCCUUAAGUUUGUGGCUCGCACAUAUCUGGAGGGUAAGCUGAGUGAGAAUCUCCAGUGUCGUAACACUGUGCAGCAGCAGCAGCAGCAGCAGCAGCAGCUGGGAUGA